CCUUUUUCUCCCUCCUUUUGCUUUCUCUCUUGCUGCUGCUUCCCUCCCCAUCUCCCUCCACCUUCCCUCCCUCCCUCGCCCCUCCCCUCCUUCCUCUUCCUCCUCAUCGCCAAACAACUAUCAUCCAGAUCCAGCUUUCUUCUGAAACAAGUUUCCGGCAGUGAACGGCUAUCCCCGUGUGUACGUUCCCUCUCUAGUUGAGUCGGUAGCACUAGCAUCGCAGGAGGAGGAGGGGAGGGGGGAGAGGAGGGGAAGACGUACGUUCACUGCGAUCGAGUUUCCGGCACCGGAGAUGACCCCGACCGGCAACAUCCCCGGCCAAUUUGGAGACACCACCUACACCAAGGUCUUCGUCGGUGGCCUAGCUUGGGAGACGCAGAAGGAGACCAUGAGGAAGUACUUCGAGCAAUUCGGAGAGAUCUUAGAGGCCGUGGUCAUCACUGACAAGAACACCGGGAGAUCCAAAGGCUACGGCUUCGUAACUUUCCGAGAGCCUGAAGCAGCCAUGAGAGCCUGCGUGGAUCCCACGCCUGUGAUCGAUGGAAGGAGGGCUAACUGUAACCUAGCUUCUCUUGGAGUUCAAAGGACCAGACCUUCCACUCCCCAACAUGGGGGGAGCAGGUUCAGGCUGCUGAACUCGUUUCAUACAGGUCUACAAGGUGGACUCGGCUCGCCUUACCCUUCUUCUGCAACCUUCCCUCAUUAUGCCAUCCAGCAAGGGAUUCCCUACAACCUGUAUGGGUAUUCUCCAUACUCGACCGACUACAGUUACCUGACGAGCUAUUACAAUGUGUAUGGAGGGGCAGGUGCCCAAUACCCAGUUUACGCGGGGGCAGCUGGGAUCGUGGCCGGGACAGCCUUCUAUCCGUACUUCCAACUGGGGCAGGGCACUGCUGGUAGCGGCUACGGAAAUGGGCAGGGGUACGGGCAGUUCCCCCACCUCCUCCACUACUCUGCCGGCACCUCCCCCACUCUGCCUGGUUACGCACAGCAACACUAUGGAGGGGCUCUCUCCGUCGCUGCCUCACCCUCUCCUGCAACAGGCAUAACCAUGGCUCUCCCAGCUGCAGCGGUUCCUGCCAUGGCUCCUCACCAUUACCGUCUCCAUUCUGUCAUCCCUGCCUUCACCCCUUCCACCGUGUCCGAACCGCCAUCUGCAUAGCAAUUGAGCUCAGUCACACAAAAGGCUCUCUCCCUCCUUCGUCUUCCCUUUUUUAAUGCAUAUGCCCAUGCAUACUAACUCAUGCACAAAGCCAAGGUCUAGUGUCUUUCCUUUCCAUGCAUGUGCACCCAGUGCAUCCUCUCACCGGUCUGGGUACAUAAGGCCUCCUACCCUUAUUGGGGGCACUUCAACCCUCCACCCCCACAAAAUUGGCCUGGAUGUGGGCUAAUUGGUUCGUCUUGGCAGUAAGCCUCCAAGGAUGGCUCAGUUGGGACUAGCUAUUUUUGGUCAUGCAUCAAGCAUUUUCCUUCACGCAUCGUCCUAAUUAACUCAAAAUCUGAUUAGCCUCCCGCAGGUUAAUACAAUCGAGCCGAACUUCCGGCGUCGAGUUCCGGCUCAUUGGUGUGCCUAAGAGUUAAGUACAGUACAAUUAGGGAACUAACCACCCCCUCUGCUCGAGGUCCCGAGCCCCUGAUUAAGAGCUAAAUUUAACUCUUAAAUUUAGCUGUCCUUCCUAGAAUCAAUGUUUGAUCACUAGGAAGAAACUUUGUAAACCUUUUGUGUAACCAAACCAGCUUGUCAUCCCUAAGAAACAGGGAAGAUGAGUACCCUGCUAAAUUCGUUUUGGUAAUUUGUUUGUAAAUUCGUGGCUAACUCCGGGAAGUUUAGCCCCGACUCAGACAGAUCUUGAUCAGAAAGUUGAUGUUUGUUUUUGGCACUCAACUUUGCUGUUUCUGUCUUCUCCCCACCUGCCCUCAACUUCAGUUAGAGGAUUAGAGGAGCUCCAAUAAGGCAUUGGAGCUUCCAACCCGUAGGUCAAUUAAUUCUUUCCUCUUCUUCUCCCCCUUUCUGUGUAGUAUCACCCACCCUCAAAUGAAAAGCCAUAGAUGGUGACCCUAGGGAGAGAUUUUUUUUGGGUCUCUGGGUUCAUUUUCUCUGACCACCAAAAUCCAAAAACCCCUGUUAGUCGUCCGCUUAGCUAGUAUUUGCAUAUCAUCUCUCACUGCAUUCCUUAGAAAUAAUACUCAUAUGUUUUCCUGAAAAGGCUUUAUCAUGUUCCCAAGAGGCCUCAUAUAUAGCCUCCUCUUUUGUACUGAGUAUAACUUGGACCAUGUUAAUUUCCUUCCGGACUUUCUGUUCCUGGACUGUAAUAAUUAAGUACUUAUCUAAGUUUAGGACAUUACUAUUAUUAUUUUUUAUUAUUACUAC